AUGUAUCCUGCAGUAGAUGACCAUGAUGAGGUAUAUGCAGCUAAUCAUAGCCAUCCAGGCUAUAUUGUACCGGUGGCGGUGCCUCCAGCUUAUGGCCCUCCACAGAUACCAGCUUUUGCUCCUCCAUAUAUCAGCACCAGUGUGAGGGGUCCUGUGAUCAGGACACAACGAUGGUCAACUGGUCUUUGCCGUUGUCUUGAUGAUCCUGGAAACUGUUUGGUCACUUGCUUCUGCCCUUGUGUUACAUUUGGAUUGAUAGCAGAAAUAGUAGACGAAGGCAAACAAACUUGCACUUGUAAUGGGGCUAUUUAUGGGACGCUACUAGCUCUGAGUGGGCUCGCAUGCUUGUACUCGUGCUACUACAGGUCAAAAAUGAGGGCACAAUAUGACUUGCCAGAGGCUCCAUGUAUGGAUUGCUUAGUUCAUUUCUGCUGUGAAACCUGUGCCCUAUGUCAGGAGUAUAGAGAACUUAAAAACCGUGGAUUUGACUUGAGCAUAGCAUCUUGUAACUGGAAUACAUUCAGUACUAUCAAUAUUAUAACAAAGGAGAGACUCGUUGGCAACUUUUGGUUAAUCAUGAAACUAACUUGUUGUGGGGCAAAUGAACUGAAAUAUAGGUUGGGAAGCCAACAGGGUAAGACAAGGGCAAGGAGCUACAGUGCCGGUAAUGUCACAGUCUAUGACAAGAUGAAAAAAGUGCAACCUCUUUAG